ACAAUAAUGGCGGACGUUUUGUAAAGUGACGCAAGGGUAACGUUUUACGGCAUGCGUUUAUUCAAUAUUUCUAUAGUUAAAGUUGUAAAACUAUUAAAGAAAUUAGCAAUAAACACAUGACCAAUUAGUAAAGUGUCGACGUAAAUCACUAGCAAUGGCACGUGAAUUUGAUCACCUUUUCAAACUGCUGAUUAUCGGUGACAGUGGUGUUGGUAAAAGCUGCCUCCUCCUACGAUUUGCUGACAACACAUUCUCCGGUAGUUAUAUUACGACUAUAGGUGUUGAUUUCAAAAUAAGAACUUUAGAGAUAAACGGUGAAAGAGUGAAGCUUCAAAUAUGGGACACGGCAGGCCAGGAGAGGUUCAGAACGAUUACAAGCACGUACUACAGAGGUACUCACGGCGUCAUCGUCGUGUACGAUGUCACAAACGGGGAGUCCUUUGCCAAUGUCAAAAGGUGGCUACAUGAGAUUGAGCAAAAUUGUGAUGUCGUAAACAAAGUUCUAGUUGGUAACAAGAAUGACUGUCCGUCAAGGAAAGUGGUGGUCACCGAGGAUGCCCAAAGGUUUGCUAACCAAAUGAACAUCCCAUUGUUUGAAACUAGUGCAAAAGAAAAUAUCAAUGUGGAGGAAAUGUUUCUUACUAUCACAAAAAUGGUACUCAGAUCAAAAUUAGAAAUGAAGGAGAGACAAAAUGUUACAGCAAACGACGUAGUCAAUAUAAAAGGAACCAAAACCAAGAAUGUAAAGAAAUGUUGCCAGUGACUUUAUGCUGGCAGUACACCAGGGAUGUCGCUUACACAAUGCUCAAACAUUGGGACAUGUUGCACAACCCUAGCAGGACACCAGUACAUUGGCCGAGAGUUUACCAUAAUUGUCUCAUUGUAAGUUGUCACUGCAAUGUACAAAUAUGUUUGAUAUCCACUAAAAAAACAACUUAUAAAAUCCUAGUGCAGUUUCUAUGGACAGUAUACAAGUUGAUCUCUAUAAAAUAUAAUUGUGGAGGUGUUAGAUUUAUUGGAUAUAGCCCUAUCAAUGUUUUUAUAGUUAUUGUGACCACCACUAUGCAAUUAUUUACUGUAAUUUUGAGUGUUAGUCCUAUGUGCUGGGUUGAACAAUCUCAAUAACGAGCAAUCGCCUAAACAACUCCAAAUACUAAGAAUAUUAUAAAUUCAUAUUGAAUGUAAUUGCUUGUACUCUAAUAAUGUGUAUUAUGGAGUGUGUGAGACAGAAUGUGAAGCAUAUAAAU